AGCGUCCCACGGGGGCCGGGCCUUCGCUCUGCCUCCCCGACGGGCUUGGCGCCUCGGCUCCGCGAAGCUCGCGCCCUGCGGGAAGGGGCCGGCCAGCCCCGGCGAGGGCGCUUUCCUCCCGCCCUGCUGCCCUCUGCCGCGCCCGGGGAGCUGCCCGUCUUGGGCUUUCUAGCCGCCAGAAUCACGAGCCAGGGCUGCUUGCCCUCAGGGCCACCAUGACCGGCAGGGCCAGGACUCGCGCCCGCGGCAGAGCCCGCGCCAGGGAGACCCGCCGGCAGGUGGCCCCUGGAGCAGCCGCGGCCAGCCCGGCCCAGCAGCCUGCUGGAUUCCGGCCCCGCAGAGAGGAAGGCCCAGUGGUCGAGCCUGAGCCACCAAGAGGAGCAGAAGCACAACCCGGGCCUCCAGAAGAACUUCAGGAAACUGCCCCGAAGAAAGUAUCGCUGCAGCAAAGGACUGUUUUUCAAGACCUGGUGGUAAAUACCAGGCAGGGGAUGGAACAUGUUCGAUGCUCAAAAACAGGCUCAGAGGGUACAAAAGUAAGACUACUCGCAAACCAUUUUCGAGUGACGUCUCGGGCCCAGCGGACAGCAUAUCAGUACAACGUUAACUACCAGCCCGGCAUAGAAGGCAGAAAUCUCCGUACAGCUUUACUUAAACAUGACAAAAUUGGGGAAUACUAUAUAUUUGAUGGAAACUCUUUAUUACUACCUCAUGAACUACGAGAGCCGAUAACAAAAUUCUUCAACACGGUAGGAAAUGAAACUGUGAUGGUUACAAUCACGUUUUCCAAAGAACUCGCACCCACUUCACCAGAUUGCCUACGCUUUUACAAUAUCCUCUUUAGAAGAAUUCUGGAGUCGAUGAAGUUGGAACAAAUCGGUCGCAACUUUUACAAUAAAAGGGAGGCAGUGGAGUUCAAUUCCGACCCCAAGUUGGACAUCUUUCCUGGUUAUGUGACUUCUAUUCUUCAGUAUGAAAACAGCAUCACCCUCUGUGCUGACGUGAGCCACAAACUGAUGCGGCAACAAACUGCUUAUGACUUAAUACAGCAUACGUCUGGAGAAACUCAAGAACGUAUCAAAAAGAAAGUAGCUGAUGAGUUAGUUGGAUCAAUUGUUGUGACAACAUACAACAACAAAACCUACAGAGUGGAUGGCAUUAACUGGGAGCAGACUCCCCGAGAUACGUUUGAAAAAUCGGAUGGCAAAAGAAUUACCUAUAUAGACUACUACAAGAAGCAAUAUAACACGAUUAUCACUGACUUCGAUCAGCCACUUUUGAUCAGCCAAGGAAAAUGGAAAAAGGGCCAAAAGGACACAACACGUGAACCUAUCAUGCUGGUGCCUCAGCUGUGCAUGCUGACAGGUCUAACAGAUGCAGCACGUAAAAACAGCAGGACGAUGCAGGCGUUGGCUGCGCUUACAAGAUUGAAGCCAGGAAAAAGGCAUCAUGAAUUAGAAAAAUUCAUCAAUACUAUACAAAAAGAUGAGUCCGUGCAAAAGCACCUUCGACGCUGGGAUUUGAAUUUUGACUCCAACUUUCUGUCCUUCUCUGGAAGAACUUUGACAGCUGUCACAAAGGAAGACAUAGUUAAAACACAUUCACGACAUGGGCAGCGGGCAGCGACAAGUGAAGUACCCUUGCUUACCACCAUGUCACUCACUCACUGGCUGAUGCUCUAUAGCAGGGAAAAUCGCAGAGCAGCCUCUGCCUUACAAGACAAGCUGCAGAUAAUCCUUCCCCAAAAGGGUAUAAAAAUGCAACCAGCAAAAAUAUCCUUCUAUUUCCAUGGGAAUAUCCAGUUCCACCACUCACUGCAGAGACUGUUUCUUCCGUUGCAUUGCCUUUGUUCCUCUGUCAAAGAUCAGUCGCCUGUUCUGCUGUGGGCCUCUCCAGUCGCUCCAGCCCGCUCACCUGCUUGUCUGUCACUUCAGCAACAGCACGCUGUCCUGGUUACUGUGCUUUUCCAGGUUCAAGUAAAUGAUGCUGGCUCCUAUCUAACCAUGUUACGGAGAGAGACUAGGGAACGGCCACAGAUGGUGGUUUGUGUGCUGUCUAAUGACAAGAAAGACAGGUAUGAUGACAUAAAAAAGUACCUAUGUACUGAAUGCCCAACUCCGAGCCAGUGUGUGGUGGCAAAAACCUUAAAUCGCCACAAGAUAGUCUCAACUAUUUCUGACAAGCUUGCCCAGCAGAUGAUCUGUAAGAUGGGAGGAGCCCUCUGGAAGGUGGAUACGGGGGUAAAGAAAACGAUGUUUGUUGGCAUUGACUGUUUCCAUGACACUGUAAACCGACAGAAGUCAAUCGCAGGAUUUGUGGCCAGCACCAAUGACGAACUGACAAAGUGGUACUCUCGAUGUGUCAUCCAGGAAGCAGGAGAGGAGAUUGUGAACGGGCUGACCGAGUGCGUGGCAGCUGCCCUGAAGGUCUGGUGUAAAAAUGAACCAUCCAGGCCACAUUCUGUUAUUGUGUAUCGGGAUGGAGUAGGGGAUGGUCAGCUGUCAGCAUUGCUUGCCCAAGAAAUACCGCAGAUGUUGGCUGGCCUAAAUGACAACUCCUGUCCAGAUUCACUUCUAACUUUCAUUGUGGUGAAGAAACGAAUAAACACCAGAUUUUUUGCUGUGUCUCAAGACAGUCUUGACAAUCCAGAGUCGGGAACGGUUAUUGAUGUGGAGUUGACCAGGAAGGAAUGGUAUGAUUUUUUUAUUGUGAGUCAAUCUGCGCCAGAAGGGACUGUUACCCCCACUCACUAUAAUGUCAUCUAUGACAAGGUUUGCUUGAGUCCAGAUACAGUACAACGUUUAACUUACAGCCUAUGCCGCAUGUAUUAUAAUUGCGAAGGUUUCAUUCGAGUUCCUGCUCCUUGCCACUAUGCCCAUAAACUGGCUUACCUUGUGGGCCAGAGUAUUCACGAACAACCAAGUGGUUUACUGUCGACCUUUCUCUAUUACCUUUGACCUACAGAAGAAGGCCUGAGGUGAUGCUGAAACUACAACUUGUAAAUCUGUUUUCGCUUUUAAAGCUGGGUGUCUGAAAUAUUUUCCUAGAUCCAUAGCUUUAAAUUCUAGCCCUUGACUCGAUAUGAGAGGUUCUCAGUAGUACAUUCUGCUUUUCAGUACUAUCACUGACUUUACACAAGAUGAAUUUUCCAGGAGGAAAACUGACAGGGUUUGGCUAGCAAUUUACCCUUCAAACAUGUCACAAAGACUUCAUAAUUAUACACACCUAAGUAUUUUGAUCCCAACGAAUGCCACUUUAAUAAUGAAAAGACUGGAUAUUAGUCACAUAGGGAGUACAUCUGUGAAUAAGUAAAUCCUACUUGGAAAGCUCUUUGAAAUUUGUUUUUAAAGAAGAAAAGUUAUAAAAACAAAAUUAGAUGGGGAUUUGUUACCUAAUAUUUAGUCCUUCAAAGAAGUGACCUAUUGCUAAGUUAAAUAUGAAGGAUUGAAUAUAGUGAUACUGGUGAUAUAAAAGUUAGACCCUUAGGAACAGGAAGACAUAUCACCUUUUCCACAAAGAAGGGAAAUCAAGAGCUGUUAGCAUUUCUGUUUAAUUUAUUCUAUUGGGCAUGUUCCCAGUAACAUUAUUAUGUUAGCUAUACCAUAAUAAGAGUCUUAAGUUCUGCUUUGUCCUUGAGUUCAAAAAAAAAAAAAAUAAGAGUCUUAAGUUGUUUCAGGGAAGCUACUAUGUUUUUCCUGAACUUUUUUUUUCUCUACUUACUACAACUAUCUUUAAAUAGAUUCAGGAAACAAUCUGUGAGGACCUUUUCUUACACUCCUAAAUAGUGGUACUUUGGGGAUGUGGGUGGAGAUUAACUUCAAAUAUGUCCAAAAUGGUAUGUUUACAAACAGCAUAAUUGCUUUGUUAAUUUAGGCUUGUAAUGUAAACCAGUCUUAAAAUAUUAAAACAUUUAUUAGGAAAACACUGGAA